AUGGAGCUGCUGAGCGAAGUCUGGAUUUGGGAGGAGAAGAACAUGGACUGGAAGCACAUCGGAGAGGCCACCGCGGUCACCAGCACCAUGAUGGUUAUUGGAGCCAGGGUCGCCGGCCCGUGGGGACUGGCCAUUGUGGGCGCCGUCGGGGGACUCCUAGGGGCCUGGAGGUGGUGGAGGUAUAAGUCUGUCCCUAAGAGGCUAAAGGAGCUGACGUCCACGGAGAAAAAGAAUCUAUACCGCCAGGUCAUGGCCAUCGUCAGGGCCCUGGAUUGGACGGACUUCGAGGAAUUGACUGAGCAGGUCGUGAAUGACAAGGCCGUGCAGGAGAAGCUGCUGGAGCUGACCAUGAGCUUCGUCACCCACAAGAUGGGAAACGCCUAA